AUGGGUGCGAACCAGUCUCUACCCAAAGUCACUGCUCAGGAUCGCGCUAUUCUCGAUCUCAAGCUCCAACGCGACAAGCUCAGACAAUACCAGAAGAAGGCGCGUCUCAUCCAAACUGUCCUCGACCGCGAACAUGCGAUAGCCCGGGCCCACCUUGCCGCAGGAAAUAAGGACCGCGCGGUGAUCGCCCUUCGUAAACGCAAGUACCAAGAGAGCCUGCUCGUUAAGACGGAUGGUCAGCUGGAAACCCUCGAGCAGCUGGUUUCGACAAUCGAAUUCUCCCUGGUCGAGGUUUCUAUCAUGCACGGCCUGAAGCAGGGCAACGAGGUUCUCAAGCAAAUUCAUCAAGAGAUGAGCAUCGAGAGUGUGGAGAAGCUCAUGGAAGAGACACAGGAGGCACAAGAGUAUCAGAGGGAAAUCAGCGACAUACUCGCCAAUAAUCUCUCUGCUGACGACGAGGAUGCUGUUCAACAGGAGCUGGCUGCGCUCCAGGCCGAGGCUCUCGGGGUCAAGCCGGUGGAACUACCGUCCGCUCCCACUCACGAGCUCAUCGCAACCGAAGACCCGAUCCUGGAGGAGGAGCCAACACACGAAAGAGUUCCCAUGGCAGCCUAGUUUACAUACACAACAUGGCCAUCUACAUAUAUCUGAGUAUCACCAGCUAUCGAAGGAGCCAAAUCCUAUCUUGCGCUUUUUCUUGCC